GGCACAGUGGGAGAAACCACCACUUACGCUGGUCUUUGGUCCUUCGAUUCCCUGAGACGAACUCUCUCUCUCAGUUCCUCUCACCUAAAUAUGGAGGAUAUGGAGACCGAGGGGAGGGUAGGAGAAGCCCUCCCUCGCUCUCUCCUCGCCGCUACCUUCGUCCUCAUCUUAUCCAUUCUCUUUUUCCAUAUUGCCCUCCUUCUCUUUAUCCUCCUCUUCUUUAUCCUCCUCUUCCUCUCCUUCGCCCUCUUUGCCUUCCUUCUAUUCUCUUAUGCUCCCGCACUCCCCUCGAUCUCCUUCCCCUACGACGCGGGCGAGGGCGACGACUCCUGGGACAUGAGUGAGGACAACGACUCCCAUGAGCCGGAGAGGUUCUUCGAACCCGCUCUCUUCCGGGAACUCGUCCCGUUCUUUAACCCCACUCAGGCCUCAUCACUCGGGCCCGGUAUCCUCUUCGAGGAGGGCGACAUGGAGUCGAAUCCAUAUCCCACUCCUCCUCACAGUCCUUCUCCUACUCCUCCUGCUCCUCCUGCUCCUCCUACUCCUCCUCACAGUCCUCCUCCUACUCCUUCGCCCUCUCCCAACGCCACUCCUUCUCUCACUUCUUCGGAGUCGCCUAUCGCCACUUCUUCCUCAUCCUUCAACACCACCCCUUCCUCGUCUCCGGCCGGGCUAUGGUCCUCCUCCGCGCCCGCUCCCGCUUCCUCCUCCACGUCCUUGUCCUCGUUGGCGUCCGAAUAG